AUGACGGACAAUUUCGAUCAAAGGUAAGGAAAUUCUUAUGAGUUAUGUUUUUAUUAGAAUAGGAGAAUUAAAUAAGCCAUCUUUUACAGAAAGUUUAGACAUAAACCACCGUAGUUUAUUGUAGAUACGAGCUUUAUCACCAGAACUAAAUUUUUAUGCUGCUGCUCUUGUCACACCUAUCUACUGGUAUGUUUCUACGCAUUCCCAUUUAUUUCUCUGUUGUAGCGAUGCAGGUGAUCGCUAUCUUAUCCAGAGUAAUGCUCUAUCUGGAUGGUUUCUUGGUCCCCGAGCUGAAAACCGUGAACUAUUCAACGAGCUUAUUAACCAGACGAUCACUCAACAUCAACAAAACCGUCGCAAGUAUUGGCCAACAGACCCCGAGUAUAUCACAAGGGCUCAGAAAUGGACUCCAGCGUAUAAAGCUGAGAAGAAGCAGUUAAAAGACAAACUAAAGGAAAUGAAUGACGAUCUGAAAAUGAGUACGCCUGUUUUUAGUCCGCGUUUUCAGGUAUGCAAGUAUUUUAACAGUAUUUAUACUAAAACAUGCCUGUAUGUUCAGUUACAUUUUUAUCACGUCUGGGCGGUGUUCUUGCAUAAUGUCCUUUAAGUACUGUUAGUUUCUCAUUCUGAGUCACCUGACCUUAACAAAGAUGAUAGUAACAUGAUAUUUCUGAGCUCAUUUCAAUUAGCCUUUCUCACGAAGGUCUAAAUCCGCCAUUUUUGGGUACUAUUUUAUAAACAACGUGAAAAAUCUAAGCGAUGUGAAAAUAAUUUUUCAAAUAUUUAACUGUAAAUCGAUUUAUAAUGAUUAUACUUACAAAUAUAGCUAUAGAAAGUUUCAUUUUCGCUGCUAACUAUCCCUGUUCUAAAAAGGUUGCCACCCAAAAAUGGCGGCGUGAGAAAGGCUAAUUCAGAGUCACAUGAACUGGGAUAUCUCAAUGCCUGCAGUCCCAGGCUAAAUCUCAGAGGCACAGUAUCUCACUGUUCUGCAUGUCAUCCAGUCACUUAUUGUAUGUCUAUCCUUGCAGGGUCACAUGAACUGGGAUAUCUCAAUGCCUGCAGUCCCAGGCUAAAUCUCAGAGGCACAGUAUCUCACUGUUCUGCAUGUCCUCCAGUCACUUAUUCUAUGUCUAUCCUUGCAGGGUCACAUGAACUGGGAUAUAUCAAUGCCUGCAGUCUUAGGUUAUAUCUCGGGCAUGGUAUGGAACCCCAACAACGUGGAUGUCACAGCAUCACCAAUAACCACACCUUAUGAGAUUAUUGCGGCAGAUCAGAUUUGUGAUAUGAUAGGAUUUGAUCGUUCUAAGAUUGAGCCUUGGGGACAUAUCACGUGUGGUAAGUUAAAUAUCACACACUAAAAACCGAUUAAAGGCUGAGUAUCGCGAAAAGAGUUUUCUCUGAUUGGAGAAAGAGGAUUUUUCCAAUCAGUUUGCUAUUGGAAGCUGGUAUUCGUAACGAUGACAUGAUUCCUUAAUGUAUGAAGACUUAAUAAUAUGAUAUAUGCAAGAAACGUCAUUCAGGUUUUGCCAUCCAGAGCAUUUGCUCGUUUUCUGGAAAGUGGGGGUCACAUGACAAAUUGUUGCCCAUUUAUGGCUUCAAUUCCUUUUCUUUAUUCCAGGUGGAUCGAUUGCAAACAUUGAAGCAGUGUGGUCGUCAAGAAACAUGAAAUUCUAUCCUCUCAGUUUACAAGAUGCAGUAAUGGCUGAAGCUCAGUUGGCAGGAGCAAAAACUUACAAAGUUAAUGUGCCUGCAAAACCAGAUCCACAACCCCGUGGUGACCAACCGUUUGUUCAGGAAGAACUACAGAAUUGUUCUGUGUGGCAAUUACUGAAUCUUGAUGUUGACGAUGCUUGCAGGUUUUUUCUCAAAAUUCCUACAUUGUACUAUCGCAAAAAAUUCUUACUUAGCUACUUAGUUAUUUAUGAAUUUACAUCUAGCCCUACACACUCUGUCAACAUUGCCUGUGCGGGAAAACUGGAGUAGAGAGAAAACUCACGGUGUUCGGCAGACCAUUGACUGACUCUUUUACAUGAAUAUUGCGGAACGAGAAUCGAAGCUACGAUUUCAAAAGUGAACGGCCCUUAUUUGACGACUGUGCCCCGAAACCCUAGCCUGCUUUGCAGACGCAUCUAUGGCUCCAGCAAGUUCCAAAUAGUUAAUUACUUUUAAGUAAUAUUACUCUAAAAGUAAGAUACUACAACCUUAAAUUUUGUUAUAGCAUGGCUGAAGGUGUGGCGGGCGCCGCAGGUGUCAGUAUGGAUAUUCUAUCUGGUUUAGUCCACCCCUAUGCCUACACAUCCAUUGGUAUAUACAGCUUUCUGCAGAAACAUAGCAUCAACUCUCCCAAACUAUUUGUACCAGCUACCUGUCAUUACUCUUGGCCUAAAGCUGCUACAGUUCUAGGACUGGGUGAAGACAACUUAAUUCAUAUCAAUGUUACCGCAUUAGCCAGACAAGACAUGAACCGUAAGUAUUCUUCAUUGUAAUAAUGUUUCAUUUCUAUUGUGCAUUAGUUGCAUUAGCUAAUCGAUCAUUGUGUGUAAUAUCUGAAUAUUCUGAGAGCAAACGACGUGAUUUUGUUCUUAGAUUUACGUGAAGAACUGCAGAAGUGUGUCACGAACGCAAUUCCCGUGAUCUCUGUAACGGCUGUUAUGGGUAGCACAGAAGAAAGUGCCAUUGAUCCCCUGACAGAAAUACUCGCCAUGAGAGAAGAGUUCAAGAUGAAGGUAUAUGUGUUUGUUCGAGAAACACACACCCCCCCCCAGUCUAGGUUAAAACUGUCUUUUAAGAGCAGCUCAAUGAACCCUUUCGCGUUGCAAUUAUCCGGCGCGAAUGUCUGAUCUGCUGGCUUAGGUUGGAAGAUAUUGCAAUCUCGCAGAAAAAAAUAUGGUUCUCUUUUUACCAAACAUAUCUGAACAUGCAUGUAGGGUAGCAAUUAUUAGGUGCGACUAAAGUGGAGAGAUCUGGUUCUUUCUUUCCAAGAUCCUUUCAGGAAUGGAAAAAAAAACUACCUAGUCAAUAAAUAGUGUUACCAAAACGUCUAUGAUAAAGAUGCAACUAGCUGAAAAUACAUAGUGGAGAAAUUCGAGGGAAGGCCCCUCGUCGGCUCGAAACGCCGAAUUUCUUCUAUUAAUUUUUCAGGUGAUUGCAUAAACGUUUUGUUAUUAUUAGCACUACCUACACUUGACACAGACUGCUCAAAAAAUGUUAGCAACAUCUGUCACUAACCUCCAAAUAUUGAAAAGAUUUAACUUCCUCAUACUCAUACUGCCAGUUGACAAUUAUUGUCGUCUACUUGGUAAGAACCUUCUUUAUCGUCCCAGGGCUUGAACUUUGCUGUGCUGGCAGACGCUGCGUGGGGCGCGUAUAUGAGAACAAUGUUGAUUGAUCCAGACAGCCCAGAAGAACAAGAAAAAGCUCGGAGAAGGAAAGAAAAGCAAGGAAGAGAACAACGAGAAAGGAACCGUAGUACAAUUAUAUCAAAAUAUGUUCCCAUCGCCCCCCUGAGUAAGCAUGCUACAGAUAACUUAAACGCACUACGUCAUGCAGAUACUGUAACCAGUGACCCUCACAAGACUGGCUAUGUGCCUUAUCCAGCCGGGGGAUUGAGUUAUAGAAAUGGAACUAUGAAAGAUUUUGUCCUUCUGGCUGCUCCUGAAGUUUUUCAUUCCGAAGAUGAUCUUAGUGUCGGAGUAAAUGGUCUGGAAGGAUCAAAACCCGGUGCUGCAGGCGCUGGUGUACUAUUGUCUCACAGGGUAUUCAUUGUUUAAACUUCUAUCGUCCAGUUGCUUAAAUUUGCAUUGUUGUCUAUUAUAAACUUCUAUUGCUCAAUUUAAAUUGUUCAAAUUUCCAUUCUUCGUUGUCCAAAUUUUCAUUGUUCUGUUAUCCAAAUUAUCAUUAUUCAAUAGGUGAUUGGUAUGGACAAGUAUGGUUAUGGUCGUAUCUUAGGUCAAUGUGUGUAUGGUUCAAAGAUCUAUUACUGUAUGUGGCUGCAUCUCUCCAAACCUACAGAUCCAUUUAUCAUCAAGCCAUACAUCCCAUGUUCUGAUCAAGAUAAAGAGCUGGCUAAAAAUUUGAUUAUUGGGAAAUCAAACUUGCAGAUUGUCACGGUAUAAUAGGUUUUGUUUUAUUUGGGGGGGGGGGGGACACUUAUCGGAAAAAUAGACUUUGAAUCGUUUCUUACCCAUACAAUCCGCGUGUCGCACCCACCUUAGUUGUCUUCUCGUUAUGUUUUCAUCCAUGGAGUGUCAAGUGUGUGCAUGUUCACGGAUUCUGUAUAGACAAUAAUAAAGUCUGUAUUCUUACCCCUCUUGCGCAUAAAACAAGCCGUCACAAAAUCAAACUUUGCAGUAAAAAGUCUAUUAAGCAGUUAACGUUUCCACUUUAACCUAUAUUAUCACUAAGACUCGUCAAGACUUUAAGUUGCAUCUAAAUAUUUACUCCUAUAGAGAGUUGAAACUGUUAUUACGGUCCAUUUUGCACAUAACAUACUCAUUUUGUUAUCAUUAGUACAGGCAGAUCUAGAAAAAAUACUUACUUGCGGGAAUGAUUAAGAUUAAUACAGUACAUCUUAUGUCUUACUAGAACUCGGAUGCCAUGGCUUUGCUUGACAGAGUUGGGCCUGACUGCAUGAUCAAUAAAUUUGGAAUAAACCUCAUUAUUGAUGACGUGAAGAACAACGAUGUUGACCUUUCUACUGAGUAUUCCAAGAAAAAUUGGACGAAUAGUUUCUGUGAAUGCUAA